CAAACAUUUGAUUAGGGCAUCUAAAAGUGGAAUUCUCGUGCUGCCAGCGAACGACGCCGUUUGGAAGCUUGUUCGGCUGGACCAACCAAACCACAGUCGAGAGUGGAAUUCACCAAUCCCUCCGCCGCCGCCGCCGCCGCCGCCGCCGUACCAGCUAAUCUCCGCCACUGUCAAUUUCCCCAUUUAUUUUUUCCUUGAUUUAAUCAAACAUCUGAUGGGAAAGGGUGGGGGCUGCGUCCCAAGCAAGAAAAAAAACCCCAUACCCACCACCACCACUCUCGCCGCCGCCUCCACCGCCGCCACCGAGGAAGAGGAUGACCUCCCUGAAUCCACCCCGCCGUCCGCCGCCAACAACGACCGUGCAGCUGAAGCUUCUACCUUCGCUCCCUCCGAACCCAAUCGGAAUCUCAAACUCCUGAUAGUGUACUACUCGAUGUACGGCCACGUGGAGGGCCUCGCCCGCCGGAUGAAGCGGGGCGCCGACAGCGUGGGCGGCGUCGACGCCGUGCUCUACCGGGUGCCCGAAACCCUUCCCGAUGAAGUCCUCGCCAAAAUGCUGGCCCCCCAAAAGGACGAUUCGGUUCCCGUGAUCGGUUCUCCGGAGGAUUUAGCCGGCGCCGAUGGGUUUCUCUUCGGGUUUCCGACGAGGUACGGGUCCAUGGCUGCGCAAAUGAAGGCUUUCUUUGAUUCGACUGGGCAGCUAUGGAGGGAGCAAAAACUCGCCGGAAAACCAGCCGGAUUUUUCGUCAGCACCGGCACUCAAGGCGGCGGCCAAGAGACCACUGCGUGGACUGCAAUUACACAACUAGCACAUCACGGAAUGCUGUUUGUUCCGAUUGGAUAUACUUUCGGAGCAGGUAUGUUUAAAAUGGAUUCGAUAAGAGGUGGCUCUCCCUACGGUGCUGGAGUUUUUGCGGGUGACGGAACAAGGGAACCGAGUGAGACGGAGCUUGCACUUGCAGAGCAUCAAGGCAAGUACAUGGCUGGUGUUGUGAAAAGACUAUCUUGCCCCUGAACACUUUCUACUCUGCGUUUGUUUUUAUUGUUGGUUUCGUGUGUGGUUUUCGGAUAUUUUUGGUCUUGCCCCUCCUUUCGAUUCUUGAUUAAAAGCCAAAACAAUUCGUGCAUAAUCAUUCUUUUCUUUUUUCAAAUUGUUUGCUUUUUUUUUUCUUCGUGAUAUUGUUUUCGAAGCGUACAUGGUUUUAUUUUAUUUUUUAAUUGUUUUUUUUUAUGAUUGAUUAGAGUGUAAUAAGGUGUGGCUACUUUGGCUCUCUUGUUUCUGUAUAUUGUAUUUGUCUAUUGAGUUCAAUUUGAAUUCAGAAGAGAACUUAUUUCUA